UAACCGGAAGCUAAGUUAUACGAGUGCACUUUUAGUCAGUGAUAAAAGUUCAAGUUAAAAAUGUAUUUCCCGUAGCUAAGAGAAAGUUUUCAAUAAAUACUUGUGUGAUAAGUCGUGUUGAUAAUGUGGAAAGUGUAUGUGAUAGUGUUCGCGGUCGUUUUAGAGGGUCGUGCGCAGGACGAAGAGGGACCCUACAGAGGGAAACUAAUUGGGCAUCUCAACACAUAUCAUCAUCAAGUAUCAGGAGAUGUGUUUGCGGUGGACGACCACACGUUGCUGCUGGUCAACUUCAACUAUGACGGCACUGGCGAGGACACAUUCUUCUGGGCCGGAGACGCGGGCCGGCCUGGCCCGCAGGGGUUUAUAGUGCCCAAUGAGUAUGGCAAAACCAACAUCCUCGAGCGCUACCACGACGCGGAGAUCCGCCUCAAACUGCCCGAAGGCAAGCGACUCUCGCGCAUCAAGUGGCUAGCGAUCUACGACAUCAGGAGCCAGAACGCCUUCGGAGACGUGUACGUCCCGGACGAGUUCGAGCCCCCGGCCCCGCGGACCAUCGGCUCGCUGGCGGCCGCCAACUCGGGCGCCGCGCCGCCCGUGGCCAGUCAGCCCAUACGGGUGUUGGACGCUGUUACGUUGCUCAUCCCCGAGUUCCGCUACGACGGCAGCGGGGAGGAGGUGUACUUCUGGACGGGCAGCGGCGCGCAGCCCUCGCCCCACGGCCGCCAGAUCCCCGACGAGGGCGGAUACCUGGAGCCGCUGCGCAAGUACGCCGGCGAGGACGUGACGCUGUCGCUGCCGGGCGGGCUCACGGUGUUCGACGUGGACUGGCUGGCCGUGUGGGACGCGGGCGGCCGCGCGGCGCUGGCGGCGGCGCUGCUGCCCGCCGACCUCAACGUGCCGCCCGCGCCUGCGCACACGCAUCCCUACAAGUCGUCGCUGCCGAACUGCAAGCAGCUGCACCGCGACUUCCAGGUGUCGUGGGAGGUGUUCGGCAACCAGAUCACCAUCGAGCUGGCCGCCAAGAUAUCGGACAAUGAGUACAUGGCGUUCGGCAUCUCGGGCAGUCCGCACAACUCGUCGAUGCUGGGCGCCGACGUGGCGGUGGCGCACUACUCGCCGGAGCAGCGGCGCGGGUUCGCCACCGACUACAACAUCACCGCCCUGGCGCCGUGCGUCCACGUGCUGGGCCAGUGGGUGGGCGUGUGCCGCGACACGCAGCUGGGCGGGCUCGACUCCAACCAGGUGUUCAGCGCGCAGCGCGCGGACGGGCUCACGCGCGUCACCUACCGCCGCUCGCUCAAACCAGAGGACAGCAUGGACCUGGAGUGGGCGACGUCUGCGCCGGCGCACGCGGUGUGGGCGCUGGGCGCGCGGCGCGGCGCGGAGCCCGGCUUCCACCACGCGUGGCCGCGCGCGCCGCUCGCGCUGCGGCUGGUGCGCGACCCCGCGCAGCCCGCGCCGGAGCCCGCCGGGGACUGCUUCCCCUUCUCGCUAGAGUCGCCGCCCGCGCCGGCCGCGUGGGAGCGCGCGGAGCUGUUCGACCCGGCGCUGCGCACGUUCUGGUUCCGGCUCGGGCCCGGCGCCGGCGCGCGCGGCGCUCGCGGGCCCGCGCCGCCGCUCGUGUGGUACGUCAACGGGCAGCUCACGCCCGACCUGCAGCUGCGGCGGGGGCUCGUCUACAGCUUCAAGGUGCUGGGCGGCAACGACCCGCACUCGGCCACGGAGUACCACCCGCUGGUGGUGACGGCGGCGGCGGCGGGCGGCCUGGAGCAGCUGGGCGAGGCGGCGCAGCGCGCGGCGCGCGUGCUGGCCGGCGUGCUGGCGCCGCGCCGCGGCCGCCUGGCGCCCACCGCCGCCGGCGGCAAGUGCAUCGCCACCAGGCCGCCGGGCGCGGACCCGCGUCGCGACGCGCGCUUCGCGUCGUUCCGCGCGUUCAACCGCUCGCUGUCGUGGGCGUGCGCCGGCGCGCCCGCCGAGCUGCGCGUGGCGCCCGACUCCUCGUGGCCCGACAUCGUCUACUACAACAGCUUCACGCAUGCCGGAAUGGGCGGCCGCAUCUUCAUAGUGGACCGCCACCGACGCGACAUCGCACGGCGCGGCGCCGCGACCGCCGCGCGACUGUCGCUGCCCCUGCUGCUUGUCGCGGCGACUAUCGCACUAUUUGCUAAUCGUUGCUGAUGACAGCUUCACAUAACGUCUUUAACCCUAACGGGAUAGACGGGGCAAUCAGUCUCGAAGACUGAAAGAUCGAAUUUCAACGAAACAAUAAUAAAAAUCUCAUAUAUUUUACACUUUUAUAGACCUAUUUAUAGAUUUUUACUGAACGAUAAUUAAUUUUAAGCGUAUUUUAUAAAUGUAAAUAUUAAAUAAAAUAUACAUAUGUACCUAUGUAUGUUGAAAUCUCCGUCCAUCAAGGCUAGUGUUAGUGCUUUCUUGUAAAAUCCUUCCAUAGCAGAGCUUGUAACUUUAUACGAAAAUCUUUUAACCUAGACAACUAGAUUUAUUUUCGAAAUAAUAAUUUUAUGUUGUAUAAUUAAUCAGACUGUGUGUAUAAAGUUAAAAAUAAAACGAUUACGGAAUUAAA